CCCGGUUCUUCGCUCCAUCUCGCCGCCCCCCCCGCUGCCCGUUGAGAUCGGCGACAUGGUAGCGGCGCCGAUGCCCCCGUCGCCGCCGGCGAUCUCGCCGGCGCGGCUGCACAAGCUGGUGACCGCGCAGGCGGACCCGCUCCUGGCGCUCGAGCUCGUCAACGUCACCUCCCCGACCACCACGCCGCACCCGGCCACCCUCCACGCGCUCCUCCUCGGCCUCUCCCGCCGCCGCGACCACCUCCCCCACGCGCUCGCCCUGCUCCGCCGCCUCCCGUCCCCGCCCUCCCCGCGGCUCCUCCUCCCGCUGCUCCUCUCCGUCCUCCGCCUCCGCCGCCCGCCCCACCUCUUCCUGUCCACCUUCAACACCCUCUUCGUCGCCGGCCCCAGCCCCCUGUCGCUCCACCCGCAGCUUCUCCUCCGCCUCCUCUCCGCCCUCUCCUCCACCGCCGCCUACUUCCCCUCCGCGCUCCACCUCCUCCGGCUCGUCUCCUCGCGCCUCCCCCUGCCGGCGCCGCUCGUCCUCGCCUCUCACAACCUGCUCAUCGAGGCCGCCGCCCGCUCCGGCCACCUCGCCGUGUCCCUCUCGCUCUUCCACCGCCUGCGCUCCCUCCACGUGUCGCCAGACGCCCACACCUACCGCAUGCUUACCCAGUCGCUCUGCCGCCGCGGCCAGGUCCGCACUGCCACUACCCUGCUCGAUGAAAUGCUGCACAGGGGCAUCCCUGCCGAUCCUCUGGCAUACACCACCGUGCUCAACGCCCUCUGCCGCAAGAAGCAGCUCCGCGAGGCCUACCGAUUGCUGUGCCUCAUGCGAGGCCGCGGGGUCUCGCCUGACAUUGUGCACUACAACACCGUCAUCGUCGGAAUGUGCCGUGAGGGGCGGCCACUGGAUGCCUGCAAGGUGAUCGGUGAUAUGACGGAUAGUGGCUGCAUACCGAAUGCAGCGUCGUAUGCAGCGGUGGUGAAUGGGUUGUGCGUGAGUGGGUUGUUUGACAAGGCAGAGACAUACUUGGAAGAUAUGAUGGGUAAGGGGAUUGUACCACAUUUUUCGGUGUUCCAUUCGGUGAUCAAGGGGUGUUGCACAGUGGGAAAGGUAGAGGAGGCUGCUAGGAUGAUGAGUCGGAUGCUUGAUCUUGGGAUGCCUCCACAUGUUGAGACAUGGAGUUCAGUGAUCAGCAGUAUUUGUAAUGACGAGGACUAUGUUGAGGUGAUUUUGUUGCAAAUGAUGAAAGGAAGGGGGCGCUGCCCGAACACGAUCUCGGGGAGUACCUUGUGAUGAUGUUGCGUGGUGUGGUGACAGAGAUUUAAGAAGCAAUCAAUUUGUAGUUUCUCAUUUUUGGUGAUGAUAUAAACAAUCAGCCUUGCUGAAAACAAAAUGAUACAGUGCAAAACAUGGACCAAGAAGGCAUAUUUUCUGUCAAAACGCAACUGCCGGAGAAAGCAACUUGUUUUGCAAAGGUGAGAUCUCUGUACUUGAAGCCAGAACAGACAGAAAAGAUAGUGCCAUACUACUUGGUUGCAAGGUGCGCAAACUGCAAAGUAGGCGUGGAGCUCAUAGUUGAGGAAACAGAGGCUGUCAACCAGUUGGAGUCAAGAUCAAGAUGCACAGGAUCAAGAUGCAUAGAGUCCAUCCUAGUACCUGGUGUGGAGACCUGCUGGAUACGGCGUUCUGCUCAAAGGAAGAUAGUGGGGCUAUAUUAUGUGCGAUGUGGUCCAGUUGGACAGUAUGGAACGGUUGUCACGACGGCGAAGUCCCAAUGAAAUUAACCUCUGCAUGCAGGUGGGCUUGAGAUGUUGCUGCAGAUCUACUGCAUUCAAAGAGAAACAACAUGGAUCAAGAGAGACAAAAGAUGAACUCUAAAUGGCACCCUCCUGCCCCUGUAGCCGUUAAACUGAAUGUUGAUGCUGCGUUCAAGGCAACUGAUAACCAGGGGGCUACUGUAGUUGUUAUUAGAGAUGAAAAUGGCAGCCUCAUUGCAGCUUGAUGUUCCUGGUAUGAUUCCACUCCUGUUGUGUUGACUGCUGAAGCCUGUGUUUGUGGAGAUGGAGCAGCGCUGAUGCCUGAGAUCUGAAUAGGUGCACAGAUGCUUUCACUUUUGCGUUCAGCAGCGGAAAACACAAAUGCUUUCAUUUUUGCUGCUGCUGUCGAUGAUGCUCAUUUACUGCAACUUAUUGUAGAAUCGAGUUAGGACAGAGACGUGACAGUUUCAAAAGUAAACAACCCUUGUAGCUAGGUUGAUGUUGUUUCUCAAGGUCAGUAGCAAAAUACUACCGCUGUCCCAAAAUUGAAGUGCAAAAACGUCUUAUAUUUUGAGACGGAGGUAGUACAUA